GACAGCCACACUCAGCAAGUGCAACAAAUCGCGCGCGUUGCCGGCUAUUGGCAAAUGUUGCAAUAGUUCGCGAAAUUUGAAUAAAAACGCUUAUAAAGCUCAACAAAGCGUUAGCAAAGACCGAUCGUCAUCACUGAUAGCAAACAUGUCCGCCAGUUCCUCUAGCAACGCCUGUAAACUUCUGCUGCUCGGCCGUUGUCUUCGCGCAGUGCUUCUCAGCGUGGCCAUACAAUUCCUGCUGCUGACUGUCUUCCUGCUCUCGGUGAACUUCCAGUUGCUGCAUCCGCUCUCCUGGGUGACGGGAACACUGCGUCUGGUGGCCAGCUUGUACACCUGGUUCGCCAGCAUUCCGCUGGUCGCGUCCGUGGUACUUUACGGCGUGUCCCUGUGCCAGCAGCACCUUUCAGAGCGUCCCUACUGCCCCACCCGAUACCGAUGGCUCCUGCACUACGGUCCGCGCAAGCUGCUUUUCCUGGGCGCCCACCUCCUUGUCGGAUUUCUCACCGCCUGGCUCUACACAGGCUAUCUGCACACGGACUAUCAGUAUCUGCGUUACAAGUGCUAUGGCCAGAAUUGCAUUAGUGCCUAUCAUGUCUACUUGCUGGGCAUGGGCGUUGCAGCUGGCUGCUACUACUUUGUCUCCGUCCACAUGCGCCAGGAGGUCUCGAUUGAAUUUCCCAUUGUAGAGCAAUCCCGGAGAGAAAAGUUGCGUGAACUACUUUACGCCAGUUUGGCUCGAUCUCUGGUCAGAUCCCUGCUUCCCACCAUCUUCUACACUGCUGCCUUCUGGCUCUUUGGACCUCUUUUGUGUCACAAACUUAGCCACAUACUCUCUGUGGAUUUCGACGAGCGACUGGAAGGGUUCUUGGGUGUUGCCACCAAUGUCCGUCUGCUCUUUUACGGAUAUUUGCUAACUGCCCAGAUACUAAGUAAUAUGCACCUGAUGCGAUGCUUCUACGGCAUGCUUCUUUCCGAGGAUCUGCCUCUGGUGAUAACCAAGCAGCGAGCGGCCUUUGCUCAUGAACAGGAAGUGACCAUGGUCGCGGGACUCGGGGUCUUCAACGUCUUUGUUGUUCAGUGCCUGGCUGCUCAUUAUUUCUACAAGUUGGCGUUGCGAAAGGAUUCUCCACAGCGGGCGGAGAUAUUUCAGCUUACGGAGCCGGGCAAUCGGCCAGCAAACUGGCGUUCCCUCUGCGAUCAGUGCUUGAGUAUUCUGGGCAGUUUCACCGAAGAACUAACCGAGUCCAUGCAGAAGAUCAGUGUGCUCAAGGGUGCUCAGAGCUUACCAAUGCCGAAGAUUAGCGAAACUAUCUCCACCAGCUUGAUGGCAGAGAAAAUGCUGCUGCGACAGUACAACCAAAUGCACGGCAUUCGACCUAUUGUGUCGCCAAGGCGAGAAGAUGCAGUGGAUCGACCAGCGGACGGAAUUCGCCAUGUGCCCAAUUGGUGUGAACGCGUCUCCACGCAAUUGGAACAGGCCCUGCAGCGAUUGGUUCAGCGAGUACCCGGAAUUGUGUACUUUUUCAAGGAACCCGAAGGCGCCAAAACCACGUUCCUGUUGGCCAACUCCCUGCCCGUGGUUUACUUAACGCAGGCUCUGUCGCAAAUUUGCGUAGCCUCUCUGAAAGAAGAUCCAUACGGAGUGGUGCAGAACGAUCUACCAUCCAUCAUCAAGGCGAUAAACAAGCUCCGCAACGAACUAGAAAAGCUAAGCAGCGUGUCCGGCAACCUUAAAGCAUCCAGUUCCAGCUUUAAUGUUCUGCGAUGCGCUGUUCGCCGCAGUUUGUACGCGAUCUGCAACUCCUUCAGUGAAUAUCUCGCCGAUUUGUUGCCGCCCGGAGAGGAGCUCCGCCAACUGCAAGCCCUUGUCUGCCACGAAUAGAGCCCAUCCAUCACUAGAAACAAUCAUCUUGUACACUGUUUUUCAUAUCUUCUUAGUUUGUUGUCUGCGGUAACAAUAAAAAUUAAUAAAUAUAUAA